UCUCACUACCACUCCAAAUGUGCAUAGAUCUUAGAAUUGUUCAAAGAUUAAGAAAAAAAGAAUGACAACACCAAGGGCAAUAGCAAUCCUUGUUCUCAGAAUCUUUUCAAUGUUGUUGUGCGCUGCUUCUGUGCCGCUCAUGAUUAACAACAGUUUCACGCUUAGUGGUGGCGAAAAAACCAAAUACAGUGACAUUAGGGGCUAUAGGUAUGUCGUAUCAGCCGCUAUGGUUGGAUUUUUGUACUCAUUCAUUCAGCUGCCCUUCGCAAUGUAUUAUGCCUUCACAGGUAAAAAGGUUAUUAAGGGCAGGUUCCUGGGCAUGUUGGAUUUCUACGCAGAUAAGAUUAUAACAUUCUUCUUGGCAAGUGGACUUGGUGUGGGAUUUGGUGUCAGUUCUGAACUCAAACGUUACAUAAAUGGAUUUGUGGAUACUAUUGAAACAUCGGGGAUUGAUACAUUCGAAGAGUUAAGGACCGAGAGCAAAAAAUUCUUUGACAGGGGUACUUUAGCAACAACUCCCCUUUUGGCAGGAUUUACAACCAUGGCUGUUCUCACCAUUAUUACUUCCUUCCACCGCAAAUGAAGAAACUUUUGGGUCAACAAUUUUAAUAAAUGAACCUCGAGGCCCUGUUGGUUAAUUCGUGUGAUGUUUAAUAAUCUUUUUUUUUUUGAUGUGUUGAUUUUUGGAUGCAAUAAAUGCUUAUGUGCUUGUCUCAAUAAAUAUCAAAAGAUUUGUGGAGAUCUA